CGAACAACCCCCGGCGCGCAUGCGUCGUCCUUCUCGCAAACAUCAACCGGAGUUUACUUGAUGAAUGAAAGCUCUGUAGUUUUAUCCGAUAAGAAGUCGUUUAUGAGUGAUAAAUUUGUUAGCACGUUCGCUUAUUUUAUUAUCUCGUUUAGGUCUCAAAGGGAAACAUCUAAGCAUAUCGACGAGGCGGGUUUUUGGUUAGUGCGCAUACUGUGGUAACGUCGAUCCGAUAUGUUUACGUCCCAGACCUCUUCAUUCCAAGACUCUAUUGAUGUAGAAGAAAAGGAUGCAGACUUCGAUAACGAAGAACUGAGCGCAUAUAGCCAGAAAAUACAACAGAUCAACUGUUAUUAUUCGAUAUAUUAUUAUCAAAGCACCAGAUCGGACUCCUCUGAAGAGAGUGCAGCCUGGAGCCAGAGACGGACAGACUCCACUACGAGUCAGGAGGAGCUUAGUCUCACCCUAUUGGACAGCAGCCUGCCCUCUGAGGCGGAGCCUGAGCUGCGAUGCUACAUCUCCCGCAGGCUGAGUAAAGGUGCCCUGCUGGGGGGCAUGGGCAACAUUGCCACCGUGGAGCUAAGCAUUCCAGAGCAGGCGGCUGGCUGCUACUGCUGCCUCCUGGAGCAGGAGAGAUCUCCGGAGCAAUCGGAAGCAGACGGCAAUGGCUGGGUGGUGUGUCUUCUCGGUGGCUCAGAAAAGGGCCUGAACCUAUUCAGAAUUGAGCUUGACAAGUACGUCCAAGGUCUGCGGAGAAGCCUGACGCCAGAAAUGCAGAAUUUGGAGAGUGAGGUCCGGCCCUACCUGAGCCUCUGGUACGAGGAGUCGGUCAUGCACGUCCACAGAGUGGUACAGCUGGUCCAGGCUAACGUCGCCUAUCUGCUCCAUGCUGCUUUAAGUCAGACCCACGUUGAAGUCGUCGGGGCAGAUGAGAGAACAAGGAUAGACAUGGCAAGGUUCGUUAAGGCGGCGAGCUUGCAGGGUCUGGUGCAGGAGGAGCCCGCCCCGGUCCAGCUGUGCAGAACCUCCUCAGAGCGCUCGCAUGCCCACCUUCUGAUCGACUGCUCCGCCAGCACCCCAACUUUCACCAACGCAGUGAGUAACCGUUUCUGUGACGACUGGAUCCAGGCGUUCCUCAACGCAGCUGAGCGCUUUAACCCGUUCCUGCUACGCCAGAUCCUGGAGAACUUCAAGCUCAAGGCCAUCCAGGACAUGAACAACCUGAAGCGCUUCAUCCGCCAGGCAGAGACCAGCCACUACGCGCUCUUCCGCUGCUGCCUCUUCCUGCGGGGCUGUGGCAAUGGUGACGUACUGCUCCGCAACGCCCGUGCUGAACACAGCGGCCUGGCCGAGGCCUGCGCCAUCAUCCGUGUGCUCCAGGAGUUCCUCACAGAGCAGGCGCCAGGCUCGCCGGGCACGUCGCAGUGAUGCCUCCUCACCAGCAGGGGGCGCAAGGCACUCCUGACUUAGGACUGCAGUCAGUCUGGGGACGUGUCCAUGGGAUAAUCUCAGGCAAGUCUCCAGAUCUACAUGCUGAGAAAACAAACAAAUAAAAUUUGUUAUAAUUGUGCAGUAUGACCAAACUGUCCGAACCACUCUCACACUCAGUAAACCCAGCCCUUUUAAUCAAAAUAUAAGAGUGGACACAAAUCACAGGGCUGACUAGAACUACUACCCUUAACGGUGUGUGAUGGGAAUGGACCUAAUGUGGUCAUUGAUUACAUUUUUUUUCCCUAUUGGUUAGUGACAUGAUCUUAUAGGGCUGAAACAUUUCACAGGACUAACUGGCAUUACUACACAAGUGCUGCAGUGUUGUGUGCACCUCCUCUUCCCUACCGGCUCUGUGCUUUGAUCCUUAUAACAAUAUUUAGAAACCUGUAUAUUAGCUCAUUAAUACUGAUGAGUCACAAUAUGUCAUUAUCGGACCUUAUAGCUUUACACCAUAUUUAAGAAGCUUUAGCUUUUAGCCUAGAUGUCUCAUGCAUUAAACGGUUUUCAUUUUUAGAAAGUAGUUUGACACCCGUAUUGUACAUUAACUGUUAAUGCAGUUCGAAAUCUUUCUUGUGACUGACUGCUUUUUCCAGUGGAGUUUUGCCAGAUCUGAAUUCCUUUGUUUUCUUUGAAGAAUUAUGUACAGAUGAAAAGGGCCAUGAAGCCAGUAAGCGCAAACGCUACCCGCAUAUAUCACUGCAUCACUGCCAGUUCUGGUAAACACACUACAGGGUGUAGCUCUGAUGUACCACAGUAAGGCUUUUAAAGAACUGUUCUCUGCUUUUCUGUAAUGACUGAUUUGUUUGUUGUGCUGUUAGUUUCCCCAUUUUAUGUUAUGUACUUCCUAGUAGACAAGAAUCCGAAAGUGAAGCAAGCGCGCAGAGCCGAAGUGAUUUAAGCAUGAACGUUAACCAGUAAAACGAGUCAAAUCAUGUGAAGUUGUGCUGGCAUAAGUUUGCAUGCUUUGCUUUAGGUGUGGAACACAGAUGGACCAAUCAGGAGUUAACAAAGAAGGUUUCAGCUGCUGGAGAUGUUGUGAUUGGUGUGAUUGUUUAUAUGGGAGACAUUGAUCCUCUGCUUCAUAAAAGUGGUUUGACGUUUGCUGCAACUGUAACUGCAUUCUCCCAUGUAGUUCCAUGUCUUCACACCAAACUGACAUGAUUUAUGUUGUGUGUUGUGUACGUUUAAUCCUCUGUCUGAGCUUGCAGUGAUUAAAGUCAACACCGUA